ACCAUUACUUCUGCAUGAAAAACUCAUCAUGCUUCAAAAAAAUUCAACCUUAGUAGUUCUAUAUAACAAGCUCUAGAUCUUUACUAAUUCCUCAAACCUCCUCAACUCUUAAGCAAAAAAUCUGAGCCACGAAAAUUCACACCAAAGAAAAAUGGAUAAGAGAUUGGUACAAGUAUGUCAAGCAGGAAACAUAGAGGCUUUUUAUGCAUUACUUGAUGAUGAGCCAAACAUACUUAAUUUCAUAGAUGAUGUACCAUUUACUAGGACUCCUUUACACUUAGCUGUCUUAGCUCGAAAGCCUUACUUUGCUAGGGAAAUCGCAAGCUUAAGACCGUCUUUCAUCACAAAAAUUGAUCGUUUUGGGUAUAGUCCAAUCCACUUAGCAGCAGAAACUGGUCAAGUUGAGAUGGUUAGGAACUUACUAGAAAAGUUAGCCCCUACAAAAAAAGAGCUUACUAAGGGUAAAGAAAACAGAACUCCCCUGCAUGUUGCAGUGAUUUCAGGGAAGGUUGAAGUUGUUAAGUUUCUAGUCAAGUAUUAUCCAAGCUGCAUCAUGGACACGACAACACGAAACGAAACAGCCCUUCACCUAGCAGUGAAGAACAAGCAGUUGGGUGCUUUCUUGGUUUUGCUUGAGCAGCUUAAAUUGGCUAAUCAAUCUCAAAGGAACGUACCAUUAUUAUUGUUGGGUGCAGUUUAUGGUUCUUCAUUUGAUAAGAGUAAGGUAACUAGUGAUUUGUUGAAUUGUAAGGAUGAUGAAGGCAACACUAUAUUGCAUUUGGCUAUCAUGAUGAAACAGCAACAGAUGGUUGAAGCAUUGUUGAACACUUGCACCAAUUCAGCUGGAACUCUACAAGUAGAUGUUAACACCUUGAAUGGCAAAAACUUCACUGCCCUUGACAUUUUAUUGCAAUGUCCUUUGGAGCAAAGGGAUGCUAAAAUUGAAGAGAAUCUUCGUUCGAUUGGAGCUAAGUCGUACAAGCAGCACUAAAGACGCCUUUUUACCUCUCCGCCUACAAUAGUGUAAAAUAACCCGGGUUCACAUAAAAGCAAAACACCAGGACGAUUGCAACCAAUAAUACUUUUAAUUUCUAUCCAAAUGAUCAUGUUAAUGAUGAACUAGCAACGUGACAACUAAAUAUAGGAUAGAGGGAGUGACAUUUUUACCAUAAACAUGUAUUCCAUUAUUCCAUAGGUAUCGGUUUGGUGAGAUUAUAUAUGAAUAUUGUAUUAAGGAGAGCUUAUCUUAAGCGUGCAUCAUAAUAUAGGUUGCAUUUGAACUAAGCCAAUUGAUAUAUAUCAGUUUUUAUGAAGAUGUGAUGGGCAUUAUGCUAUCAUAGAUUCAUAAAUAGUGUGUUAAUGUUGAUGGGUAUACGUAUUAAUAUAAAUUGUUGAAUUAUUGUUCA